GAUGAGCAUCGUCACCGUACCAACAUCGAAAGCCCAGCAGAUCAAAACCCUAAUAAUCUCCGUUGCAUCCGCCGUCAGCCAUCUGAAACAAAUCCACGCCUCUCUCAUUCGCCACAGUCUCCACCACGACACUUUCCUCGUUAACCUCCUCCUCAAACGAACUCUCUACUUCCGCCAAACCCGUUACUCAUUUCUCCUCUUCUCUCAUACUCAGUUCCCAAACAUUUUCCUCUACAACACUCUCAUCAAUGGCUUCGUCAACAAUCAUCUCUUCCAAGAAACCCUCGAUCUCUUCCUCUCUAUCCGCAAACACAAUCUCUCCCUCCAUGGUUUCACCUUCCCUCUGGUUCUCAAGGCUUGCACCAGAUCCCGAAACCUCAAGCUCGGAAUUAACCUUCAUUCGCUUGUUUUGAAAUGUGGGUAUGAUCACGACGUAGGUGCUAUGACGAGUCUCCUCUCUAUCUACUCUGGAACCGGGCGUUUGAAUGAUGCACACAAAGUGUUCGACGAAAUUCCUGAGAGAAGCGUUGUUACUUGGACGGCGUUUUUUAGUGGGUAUAUUACUGCUGGGAAGCACAGGGAAGCUAUUGAUUUGUUUAAGAAGAUGGUGGAGAUUGGUGUGAAGCCUGAUAGCUACUUUAUUGUUAAGUUUUUAUCUGCUUGUGUUCACGUAGGAGAUCUCAACAGCGGGGAAUGGAUUGUUAAGUUCAUGGAAGAGAUGGGGAUGCAGAAGAACUCAUAUGUGCGGACGACACUUGUCAAUCUCUAUGCAAAGUGUGGGAAUAUGGAGAAAGCUCGUUCUGUUUUUGACUCGAUGGUUGAGAAAGAUAUAGUUACUUGGAGCACUAUGAUACAAGGGUAUGCAUCGAACAGCUUACCGAAAGAAGGGGUUGAGUUUUUCAUCCAGAUGUUGCAGGAGAAUCUGAAACCGGACCAGUUUUCAAUUGUAGGGUUUCUUUCUUCUUGUGCAAGCUUAGGAGCGCUUGAUCUAGGUGAGUGGGGUAUCAGUUUAAUAGAUAGGCAUGAGUUCUUGAACAAUCUGUUUAUGGCUAAUGCGCUGAUCGACAUGUAUGCGAAAUGCGGGGCUAUGGCUCGAGGUUUUGAAGUAUUUAAAGAAAUGAAGGAGAAAGAUAUAGUUAUCAUGAAUGCUGCAAUUUCUGGUCUGGCCAAGAAUGGCCACGUUAAGCUCUCGUUUGCGGUUUUUGGACAAACAGAGAAGUUAGGUAUCUCACCUGAUGGGUCAACGUUCCUUGGAUUGCUCUGUGGGUGCGUUCACGCUGGCCUAAUUGAAGACGGGCUUCGUUUUUUUAACAGCAUGAGCUGUGAUUACGCUUUGAAACGCACUGUUGAACACUAUGGUUGCAUGGUUGAUCUUUGGGGCAGAGCAGGGAUGUUAGAUGACGCAUACCGUGUGAUCUGCGAUAUGCCCUUAAAGCCAAACGUGAUAAUCUGGGGAGCGUUACUGAGCGGAUGCAGACUGGUCAAAGAUACGCGGUUAGCAGAAACUGUUCUCAAAGAACUCAUCGCUUUGGAGCCAUGGAAUGCAGGAAACUAUGUUCAAUUAUCCAACAUAUACUCUGUCAACGGCAGAUGGGACGAAGCGGCUGAAGUGAGGGACAAGAUGAACAAGAAAGGUCUGAAGAAGAUCCCGGGAUAUAGUUGGAUAGAAUUGGAAGGGACGGUCCAUGAGUUUCUAGCAGAUGAUAAAUCUCAUCCACUUAGCGACAAGAUAUAUGGAAAGCUAGAAGAGUUGGGUAAUGAAAUGAGACUUAUGGGUUUUGUUCCAACGACAGAGUUUGUUAUGUUCGAUGUUGAAGAGGAAGAAAAGGAAAGGGUCUUGGGGUAUCACAGCGAGAAGCUUGCUGUUGCGUUUGGGCUGAUCAGUACGGAUCAUGGCCAGGUGAUUCGGGUAGUGAAGAAUCUAAGGGUAUGUGGAGAUUGUCAUGAAGUGAUGAAGUUAAUAUCGAAGAUCACUAGACGAGAGAUUGUUGUUAGAGACAACAAUAGGUUUCAUUGUUUUACUAAUGGCUCUUGUUCUUGCAAUGACUAUUGGUGAGCCCACUAGGUGAAAAAACGGCAGAAUUUAAUUUUACUUAAUUUAAUUGUUCAGAGCUU